ACCGAUGAAUGGGUGAAAGCGGCCAAGCCUGCCCUGCCUCUCAUUACCACUUCCUAAAUAAAAGCCUUUUUUUUUUUUACUUGAAGGGACUCAUCGCAGAGACGGGGACGGAAGGUGUAGAUUUGCUGGCCAUGCUGAGGUAGCAGCGGCCUUUUAGGUCAGGAUGUCUGAUGAUGAAAUCGAGUGGUUCAAUGGGAAGGAGAGAGAGAUCUGCUACAUCAGUGAUGCGGACGAAGACAAUUAUGGAGACGAUGAAGAUGAGGGUCAGCUGGACAAGUCCCACAGCGCCUCCUUCAGCUCCGAGAAUGAGGCUCAGGGCGGCAACCCUGCUGUGUGGCAGUGCACCCCUCCCCCAUCUACCUCACCUACGGCGGAGACGCCGGCUCACCCUCCCUCCUCUCAGCCCGGGUCAAGACCCCACUCCAGGCCGGCAAGCCAAAGCCCCACCCCUCCCUCGGCCCUGACAGGAACCAAGAAGAGGAGCUCCAAACCUGCGCACAUGAGACGCAACAUCAGGAAGUUACUGAAGGAGCAUCAGUUGGAGGCAGUGACCAAAGCGGCCCAGCAGGAGGAGCUGGAGAGAAGGCGCCGUCUGGAGCAGCAAGGACAACAGGAUUUCCCUGUACCGCUGCUGCCAGAAUACACAACUGGCGAUGUGACAACGCGUGCGUCGUCAUCGGCAACGUCAGCAGCAUCGCAGCAAGAAGUGAACUCGAGCAGACGGGAGGUGAUCUGUGUGAACUCAGGCAGCACAGGCAUCAGUGAAGACGACAGCAAGGCUAACAUACCCACCUCUGUUAGCCCACAACACACACACAAAACAGACGUCAUAGAUCUGAGCUCUGGCGAGGACGACUCCAUCGUCCACGUUAGCGAGUCUACAGCUGAGGAAGAAGAAAGCGAGCCGAGCGAUGCCCACAUCAACGAUGCCCUCAACCAGCCGGACGCCCAGGGGAGGGUGCUGGUCAACCUGAACCAUCCGACUACAGAGGAAGACAUCUUCCUGUCGCCUCAGCUGGCCAGAGCAGUGAAACCUCAUCAGAUUGGGGGAAUCCGUUUCCUGUACGAUAACCUGGUGGAGUCGGUGGAGCGCUUCAGCAGCAGCAGUGGAUUCGGCUGUAUCCUGGCCCACAGCAUGGGCCUGGGCAAAACGCUGCAGGUCAUCUCCUUCAUCGACAUCCUCUUCAGACGCACCCAGGCUCACACCGUGCUCGCCAUCGUACCUGUGAACACGCUGCAGAACUGGCUGUCAGAGUUCAACACCUGGGUCCCGCCCCCUGAGGCUUUACCUCCAGAUCCUGAUCCUGCAGUGGUGACACCACGUACCUUUAAGGUUCACAUUCUCAACGAUGAACACAAGAAUACUACAGCCAGGGCCAAGGUGGUGGAGGACUGGGCUCGGGACGGGGGCGUGCUGCUGAUGGGCUACGAGAUGUAUCGCCUUUUGUCACUGAAGAAGAGCUUCGUGGCUGGAAGGAAAAAGAAGAGCAAGAAAGCAGCGGGACCUGUCGUCAUCGACUUGGAUGAAGAGGACAGGCAGCAGGAGCUACUUAAAGGUAUCGAGAAAGCUUUGGCUCGGCCCGGUCCAGACGUGGUAAUCUGCGACGAAGGACAUCGCAUCAAGAACUGCCACGCCAGCACGUCGCAGGCUCUAAAGAACAUCCGAACCAGACGCCGUGUGGUCCUCACCGGUUACCCGCUCCAGAACAACCUGAUUGAAUACUGGUGCAUGGUCGACUUUGUCCGGCCCGAUUUUCUAGGUACGCGGCAGGAGUUCAGCAACAUGUUCGAGCGUCCCAUUCUGAACGGCCAGUGUGUGGACAGCACGCCUCAGGACAUCCAGCUGAUGAGGUACAGGAGCCACGUCCUGCACAGCCUGCUGGAGGGCUUUGUACAGAGACGAGGCCACGAUGUCCUGAAGGACCAGCUGCCUUCUAAGGAGGAGCAUGUGAUUCUGGUGCGUCUGUCUCCCCUGCAGAGGGCCCUCUACACAGAGUUCAUGAACCGCUUCAGAGAGGCAGGAAACACGGGCUGGCUCAGCCUCAACCCGCUCAAAGCGUUUUGCGUCUGCUGCAAGAUUUGGAACCAUCCAGAUGUCCUGUACGAGGCUCUGCAGAAGGAAAACCUGGCAAGCGACCAGGAUUUGGACCUUGAUGACAUCACCUCUACAGGACGAUGUCCGGCACCAACUAAUCAAAAACCCAAGAACCUGGACAACCCUAACCCCGUCGGUGGCCUGAGCCUUAACCAGCUGCAGGAGAAAGCCAAUCAGGUCAUCACAUAUGAAUGGGCAAAGGACAUCAUGACUGACUACAAGCCCGGCAUCCUGGAGAACUCUGCAAAGAUGGUUCUGCUGUUCCACCUGAUAGAGGAGAGUGUCAGGAAGGGAGACAAACUCCUCGUCUUCAGUCAGAGUUUGUCCACGCUGACCGUGAUCGAGGAUUUUUUGGCUAAGAGACCAGUGCCUCCAUCACCCAAUGUGCCCAGCAGAGACAGACCCAAUCAAAACUGGGUCCGCAACCUCAACUACUAUCGACUGGAUGGAAGCACAACUGCCUCAGAGAGAGAGCGACUGAUAAACCAGUUCAAUGACCCCUCCAACACCUCCGCAUGGGUUUUUCUGCUGUCAACCAGGGCUGGUUGUCUAGGUGUGAAUCUGAUCGGGGCAAACCGCGUGGUGGUUUUUGACGCCUCCUGGAACCCGUGCCACGACGCCCAGGCCGUGUGCCGUGUCUACCGCUAUGGGCAGAGGAAGCCGUGCCACAUCUACAGGCUGGUGUGCGACUUUACGCUGGAGAAGAAGAUCUACGACCGCCAGAUCUCCAAACAGGGCAUGUCUGACCGCGUUGUGGAUGACCUGAACCCCGUGCUGACCUUCACCAGGAGAGAAGUUGAGUCUCUUCUUCAUUUUGUGGAGGAGGAACCAGACUCAUCUAGCAUCCAUCUGCAGCCCAACGACAGAACGGAGAGCAUCCUCAGGAAGGCCCUGCACCUAUAUCCCCGCCUGAUUACAAAGCAACCAUUCCCCCACGAGUCCUUGCUGAUAGACCGCAGGGAGCUGAAGCUGAGCAACGCAGAGAAGAAAGCAGCAAAGAAGGGCUACGAGGAUGAAAAGAGGGCCUCGGUGCCAUACACCCGCCCUUCCUACGCUCACUAUUACCCUGCCAGUGAUCAGAGCCUUACCAACAUCCCUGCCUUUAGCCAGAGAAACUGGCGUCCUCCCACUAGCACUGAAGAGAAACCAGUGGCCAGUGUCAGGCCAGUCCAGUCAACUCCAGUCUCUAUGAUGCCCCGCCAGGCAUCUGCAAGCUCCGCCCCAGGCAAUGACUCUUCUAAAUGCAGCCUCGGAGGCUUCCCUGUCAACUGCCUGCAGAAAGCUGGCGUGUUUGUACAGAAAAUUGUCACCACCACUGACAUAGUGAUUCCAGGCACCAACAACUCCACAGAUGUCCAGGCCAGGAUCACCGCUGGAGAGAGUAUCCAUGUCAUCAGGGGCACUAAAGGGACUUACAUCAGGACAUCUGAUGGCCGAAUCUUUGCCAUCAGAGCAGCUAAUAAGGCCAAGUCAGUGGAGGAGAGUUCAACAGCACCACCCAAAGAUUUGCAAGCACCCCCUCCAGAGGUUCCCACCCAUGUCAGUAACGGUUGCCUGUCACCCAAGACUGUGCCCCGCCCUCUUUCCCCCGACAGCCCGGAGAUCAUUAAUGAGUUGCAGCGCUAUACGGGCGGCGCAGGAGCUGGUGGGUCAGCAGGCUCUGCUGCUCAUCCGCCAGAGAGCAGCGUGAGCAGCCUGCCCUCAUCCAAACUGGUUCAGACCAAUGGCAGCGGUGGGAGCGAGUUAUUAAGUGGAAAUCUGAGCCACCAUGAUGCCUCUGUGACUAAUGUCAUUCAGCCCAACAUGGAUGCCACUGCCGCCCAAGAUCUAAGAACGGGCUCCAAGCGCAAAGCCUCCACCCCAUCCUUGGAUGAGCGGGCCAGUAAGCAGCCUUCUGCCGGCAAGCACUCCUCAGCCCCUGUGGCCUCGCAGGGCUUCCCCUUCACUGGGGGCUAUGGGCUCCCCCCUAUGGGUCUAAACUCUGCCAUGCUGGGUGGUUCACUGGGGCAUCCGCUCUUCAUGGGGGCAGGCUCACAUUACUUCCAGCCCCCCCACGCUCAGCUGAGCGACGCCAGUUACAUGUACCCAGAUCGGCAUGGGUGGAACAUGGGUGGAGAUGGCACUGUUCCCACUUCCUCUCCUUCCUCAUCACUGAUGACAACCACCGCUCCCACCGUCUCAUCUUCCUCCUCAACAUCAUCAUCCUCUCCAUCAGUCAAAGCUGCCAGUUCACUUUCAGGAGCCUUGCCACCAUUCAUGCUGAGCUCCAACAUGCCAGGCAUGGCUGGGAUGCUCCCACCCGGCUUCCCUCUGUCAUAUAGUCCAUCUCUGGCGAGCCUCUACACCAGCUCAAUGCUCCCAGGAGGGGUGUCGGGCCCAGCUGCUACUCCCGGCCCAGCUGGAGCCAGUUUCUUGUCCCAAUACCCUCCUACUGCUGCAUCCAGCUCCUCCUCAUCUUCCCCUUCUUCCUUCUCCCCCUCAGCUCGGUCCGAGGGCCAGCGAGGCCCGGUGCUGGUGAACAGCGGGAAUGUCAGCAGCAUCAGCAGCUCAGAUGAAGAUGAUGUAAUUGAGGUGAGGGGACAGUGACAAAAGAAUGAUGUCCUUUUGUGAGAAUGCUUUCAGAAAUUGUAAUAGUCACCAUAAAAUAUAAUGGCAGCCCAUUUGCCAGGAUGCAGGUUUCCAAGAGGCCAAGAUGAAAUUAAAUUAAAUGAAAUGAGGAAAAAAUGACAGACAUUUAAAGUGUUGAGAUCUGAGGCCCUGCUGAAGUGUUUCUCCUGAACAUCUCUACUUGCCUUGAAGAAAUGGUCUGAAUGGGGAUUUAACAGUGACUGGACAGAGAGAGAUAAUCGUGAUGCUGAAUAUCAGAAGAAGAAUCCUGAUAAAGGCUUAAAAACCCUCCAAAGGGAUGGAGAAAAUAAAAGUUUGAGGAUUUUGAGCUUCCAAAAAAAAUGUUCUUUUUUUUUCCUUUUUUUUUGUCCAAUGCCGGCAUUAAGAUGCUUAUCACUGGACUGAGUACUGCUGAGUAUGGGCCUAUAGUGACCACAAGCGGCCACUAGUUAUACUGUUGACUUUUAGAGAUACUAGCUCUGCAGCUUUGCUAAGUGUCAAGACUUUUGCUUUCAGCUAAUUAAAAAGAGGAGCUGGAGUUGCUUGUGAAACAGGUUUUGCUAUUACAUUAGCUGGUAGCACAGUUUAUUUCAUAACUGAAAUGGCAUCGUCCAUCACUUGUUGCUACUGAACACUUCUUAAAACAGCAAACGCAACGGUUACAAGAUCACACAGAAGUUUUAGAGAGCGUUUUUGACUGAACGUAAUAAUAACUCACUGCCAGGACAGCUGUAUUGUAGGAUUUUGUUCUUGAAAGAACACACAACAGAUGUGGGAUCACAUUGAAAUACUGAAGAAACAGUUGUGCUUUGAGGAUGAGGUUAAAGAUAUUCACUGAAACUUUAAAAACUAAUGAAAGAAUGUACGCUUAAUCAAAUGCCUUUACACCGGGCCUUUUUGAAAAGACUCCUUCUCUUUAGGCAUCAGAUGUGGGAAGAUUUGUUUUUCUUCUUUUUGUGCGUGUUUUUUCUAUUUAUGUAAUCUCUGAUUGCCUAAAAAAAAAACGACAGCCAGGUGAAAAUGAGGAAAAAAAUAAACUGUGUCCCAGUGAGGUGUCCUCCUUGUAGCGGAGAAACAACCAACAGAAAAUGCCUUUUUGCCUCCAUCUUUCUGAAUGUUAACUGUGAGAGAGGCGAGGUAAAGAGAGACAGACAGUCGCCGUGGCUCUCUGAAUCUCACCCACAGUCUUACUGUAGCCUAGUGAAAAACGAUGCAAAACACUCACUCAAGCCUAUAUAUGUAUUUGUACAACCCCAGAGGAACGCUCGUGUUAUUACUGUGUUUGUAACUGCUUGUUGUGUUUUUAAGGGUUGCAAAAGGAAUCAUUAAAAAAAGAAAAGAAAAAAUUUAGAUUCAUGUUACUCGGUUUGGUAACGUGUUCUGAGAGAGAUUUCACCUCUGCUCUGCUGUUUUUCCUUUUUCUUUCUCUGUUUCAUCUCGUUUCAUGAACAGAGGUCAAUGUGAAACCAAACCUGUUUUUUUUAGGGAGAGAUGAUGUAGCUUUGCCAAAAGGAAAAAGAAGGAAACGGCACAUCUGAAACCUCCAUCAAAGAGGAUUGUGUCUUAAGAGACCAAAUAAUGCAGAGCAGAUAAAAAAUAAAAACAAUCCAUUGCAGAAACACACUCUCUCUACAGCAUCCUCGCAGCUACAGUUGAGAAGUACAUAUCCAUUUUUACACUGUAAAAAGAUACAAAUCUGUGUUUGACUGGGUGAAAGCUAGAAAAUCUUCAUAGUGUGACCAAUUUCCCCUUUAAAUUUGCUAUAAAUGGAGGCCGACCUAUAUAUUGUGUAUAUCAGCCGAUAUAAAUUUUUUGCCAAUAUUUCAGUUUUGGCAUUUAUAAUGGAUGAUGAAUGGAAAAUUCAAAUGAGAGAUUUUGGGGUGGGGGUUGCAUAGUUUGUCCACCAGAGGACAGUCUGCACUCGCAGGUAACACGUGUUUGGAACUACUAGCAGAUCAGAUGAUUGUUGGGUAGAGCAACAAAGAGCAAUCCGCUACUUGUGACAAUAAAACAAUAUUAUUUUUAAACUGCAGGGUUGGAUGUUGGUCAAGACUCAUAAAUAGCUAUAAAUAAAAAAUCUUAGGGAAAUCUGUUUGUUUUCUGUGCGUGAAAGGAAACAAAUAUCGGCUGAUAUAUGAGAUUUUUAAAUCCUCAAAUCCGAUGUAUCAGUAAACAAUAUCGGUACCAAUAUCGGCAUCGGUCCGGUUCUAGAUGUAAACCAUCAAUCUGCUGUUCCAGCUGACCCCCCUCGGCCUAAACAGCUGCAGGAAGAGCUUUAAAAACCACAAGCUCUUUUGUUAAAGAUGAAACAACAUCAAGUUAAGACUCAGCAUUACCUGUCCUUUUUUCCCUCUUCCAUGUGUUUGUUCUCCAUACUGAAACUGUAAGUUUACUUGUGUUUCAUUUUUGCUCUCUACAAUGUUUGAAUUUACCAAAUUAAUUUAUUUAUGACGGUGUAUAUUUAUUCAUUUGUAUUUUUAUUUUUUUACAAUGUCUUUUUGGUUUCAUUUGUUUCAUCGCUAUCUUGUUUGUAAGAUUUUUACAGUCAUAUUAGUGUUGUUACUACAGUUUUUCUUUUUUAAGAACUAAUGAUAAGCCAGUCUGACCCAACACAUGUGAAACUGUGCAGAACUUUGAUGUGGACCAACCAAUGUGUUAUUAAGCACAUUAAUAUCCAGGAUAGCAUAGAGUUAAAAUCAUAUCUAAUAACUGAUCAGCCGUUUAAUAUGGAAAAACCAAAAAACUGUCACCAGGGAUAUUCAACGACUGCACAGUGUUGAAAUCAUUUCCUAUUUAUGUGCGCUCAGAUAAUAUAGAUGCAAAUUUUAGUAUUGAAUCUGAGCUAAAUGAGCCAUUUAUGUGCAUGCUAGCUCAAUCACAAGUAAUGGGUCAGAAACCGAGGCAGCCCAACCCACUUAUCAUCUGGAAAAAGAAAGCAAAACAACAACAAUAAAAAAACAAUAUUAUGUGCUUCUCCCCUUUUCUGUGUUGUAUUACCAUAUCACCAGAAUUGUCCAGGCGUGUCAUCACCCCUGUGAUGGCAAAACGGCAAGUUUUCCUCAGUGUUGAACUGUUUGGUUGUCAGCUCAGCAUUUGCUGCGCAGACUGACUGCUCUUUAGUUUCACAGCUUUCUACUUGAAUUUACAUAUUUAUUUAUACAAAUCGAGGUGGUCGGGCAAGCAGAGCCGACUGUCUGAAUUCCAUUUUAGCCGAGGUGAAGAUUAAAUCUGCUGUCUUUGAGGAUUGGCUCCAGUCAAAGCUUGUUGUGUGGACAAUGGUGUAUGACUUUGGAUUACAUCAUUUUUGUUUUUUGAAAUUUGUAAAUAAAAAGAAACAUGUUCUAAA